UUGAAUUCACCACCUCUUGAUUCUGAGUCGAGACUCAAAGGGAGACAUGACCGUAUUGUCUUGUCAACUAUAUAAUAACAGGAAUUAAAAGUGAAGAUCGAAGUUUCUGAUCACUCUAGACAAUUUCGACUUCUCCGUUUCAUUUUCACACAGGAAGAAUAUCACGAGAAGUAUAUCAAUGGCUGCCCUUCAUCAACUUCUCCUUCUUGCUUUCGGGGUCGCCCUCGUCUCUCGACACAAUUGUAAUGGAAAAGUAAUGAUGGAGUAUAUUGGAGCCACCGGUGUCCCAGUGACCUUUGAUUCAGUCCCAAUAAAAGAUGGGAUUGAUUUCCAUUUCAUCUUAAGCUUUGCCAUCGACGCAGAUUCAUCAGGGAAUCCCCAGAACGGGAUUUUCUCACCCUACUGGGCCUCGUCUCUAAGUCCGGACUCAGUUACCCAGGUCAAGCAGGAUCACCCGAACAUCAAAGCCAUGGCGAGCCUCUCGGGAUGGGGCUUAGGUGACAAAGUUCUUCGUUGGUAUGAACCGAACAACACCCAUGAGUGGAUCUCAAAUGCUUUCAGUUCCCUCAAGUCUUUGAUCGCUUCUUACCAUCUCGAUGGCAUUGAUAUCGACUACGAGUCUUUCCCGAAGAAGAAAGCUAACUCCACCUUUGCAUUUUGCAUGGGCGAGCUAAUCACUAUGCUGAAGAAUCAGAGCGUUAUCUCCAUAGCAACCAUUGCCCCCUACCACUUGACCGCCCAUCCCUAUUACACCGACCUCUUCAACGGCUAUGGCUCGGUAAUCGACUACGUAAAUCAUCAAUUCUACACCGAUAAAGUGAGGACCCCGAAAGGGUACUUGGAGGCGUUUCAAUUGAGGGCAAGCCAAUUUGAUAAGGGCAAGUUGCUCCCAAGCUAUGAAGUGAAUGGAAGAGGCAUCCAAGGGGAUGCCUUCUUUGAUGCCUUAGGGCUUCUUGAGGAGAAUGGCUUUGAAAUCAAUGGGAUCAUGAUCUUCUCAGCCGACGCCUCUUCCGUUAAUGGAUACUAUUACGAGAAGAAAUCGCAACAGUUCUUGUUAAACUCUACUAGUGCCGAUCCUCCUAGCUAUUACUAUUGAGAUGAUAUCAACAGACUACGUCGUUAAUUGAUUAAUUCGUCGAGUAUGUUGGAAUGUCAUCUCGUAUGCUAGCUGUUACAUACGAGGUUAAUAAAUUUCCAGACC